CGCUUUUAAUCCGGCAGGAUCCAAACAAGAGAUCUCCAACGGUGUCGUAUCACAUCAUCUUCAAUACUUCAACCAUCCGGAACUCUGGAUUUUGGCAUUUUGCUCCGCAAAACACACACACACACACACACACACCAAAAGCACAUAGUAAUGAUGGGACUAUGAGAUUAGAGAUCCAUCUGAAUCCCAUUUAUUGUCGGAGAGUGUGAUGCAGUGAAAAAAACAAGGAUUUUUUUUGGAGCUUCACCUAUUUUCAUGGGGUUUUUGAGAUUUUGUUGGUUUAUAUCAACCAUCAUUGUUUUCUUCAGUAACCCUACUCCGAUAGCUGCCGGUGACAUUGUUCAUGAUGACAAAUUUGCUCCGAAGAAGCCUGGUUGUGAGAAUGACUUUGUGCUGGUAAAAGUUCAAACAUGGGUUGAUGGUAUUGAAGGUGCUGAGUUUGUUGGCGUUGGUGCUAGAUUUGGAACUACAAUUGUAUCCAAGGAGAAAAAUGCAAACCGCACUAAUCUUACUCAAUCAGUCCCUCAUGAUUGUUGUACUCCACCAAAGAACAAGCUUACUGGUGAUGUCAUCAUGGUGACACGUGGUCACUGUAAAUUCACAACAAAGGCAAACAUUGCACAAGCUGCUGGUGCUUCAGCAGUCCUAAUUAUAAAUAACCAAAGAGAACUGUACAAGAUGGUUUGUGAGCCUGAUGAAACUGAUCUAGACAUACACAUCCCAACAGUCAUGCUUCCACAAGAUGCUGGUGUGGAGUUAGAGAGAUUGUUAUCCAAUCGUUCAUCAAUUUCUGUGCAGUUAUACUCACCACGAAGACCAGUGGUUGACAUAGCCGAAGUGUUUCUGUGGCUGAUGGCAGUUGGUACAAUCUUGUGUGCCUCUUAUUGGUCUGCAUGGAGUGCCAAUGAAGCAGCUAUAGAACAUGAUAAAUUACUAGAGGAUUUUUCAGAGGAGCUCUCAAAUACAAAACUUGUGGGAACAAGUGGUAUUGUGGAAGUAAAUACAAAAUCAGCAGUCUUGUUUGUGAUUGUUGCUUCUUGCUUCUUGGUUCUUCUUUACAAGUUAAUGUCUGCAUGGUUUAUAGAACUUUUAGUGGUCAUCUUCUGCAUUGGAGGCGUUGAGGGAUUGCAAACGUGCAUAGUUGCUUUGCUAUCAAGGUGGUUCAAACAUGCUGCACAACCUUCCAUCAAAGUACCAUUCUUUGGAGCUGUUUCAUAUCUGACCUUGGCUGUUUUGCCUUUCUGCAUAGUCUUUGCUGUUCUUUGGGCAGUGUAUCGUGACUACAAGUUUGCAUGGAUCGGACAAGAUAUACUCGGAAUUGCGCUCAUAGUUACAGUUCUUCAGAUUGUUCAUGUACCUAAUCUCAAGGUUGGGACAGUGUUGCUAGGUUGUGCUUUCUUGUAUGACAUUUUCUGGGUUUUUAUUUCUAAGAAAUUGUUCCAUGAAAGUGUGAUGAUUGUGGUGGCUCGUGGUGACAAAAGUGGGGAGGAUGGCAUCCCGAUGCUGCUAAAGAUACCACGCAUGUUUGAUCCAUGGGGUGGAUUUAGUAUCAUUGGUUUUGGUGACAUUUUGUUACCCGGACUAUUAAUCGCAUUUUCCCUCAGAUAUGAUUGGCUAGCGAAAAAGCACAUUCGAGCUGGAUAUUUCUUAUGGGCAAUGAUUGCUUAUGGAUUAGGUCUCCUUAUAACUUAUGUAGCACUCAAUCUCAUGGAUGGUCAUGGUCAACCAGCAUUGCUAUACAUUGUUCCUUUUACUCUAGGGACCUUUUUGUCCUUGGGAAAGAAGAGAGGGGAUCUUGGAAUUCUAUGGUCAAGUGGUGAACCCGAAAGGGAAUGUCCACAUGUGCGACUCGGCCACUCUCACGCAGCAGAUGAAUAGAAGUGAACUAUCUUAGCAUCUUUGUUAUGUAAUUACAGUCUGUAUGUCCUAAUGUGUAACCGUUUGAAACCAACUGUCCAUCUAUGUUGUAAAAAAAUGGCAAUGGUGGAAUAUCAUGGCUUGUUAAGUA